GGAGUGGGAUAGCUGUCAAAAUAUUCGUGUCCAUAGAUUUGAUACACGUGCGUAUUUGUCUGUAGUUGUGCAUAAAAUAAAUAUUUGUGAAUUCUCGAAUGAGUCCAGUCGUGCAUAAAACAUAUUGUGUGUAUUUUAUCCAUCAGAAUACGGAUGGAAAAAAAAUACGAAUUCAAAAUUACAAGUACGAAAUCAAUCUUUACAGUUAGGCUUUCUUUGGUACGAGUACGACUUCGCACAAGUGACUCAACUGUCAAAAUACGUCAUCACCGCAUUCACAGGCAUUACUUGUUGAGAAAAGAAACAUAGAUCGAGAUCAAGACUGCGCAUGCGCUGAGGAUAACCGGGCUGGGCCAGAGCAAUAUAAAAGCUGGGCCUGUCUUUUGCGCCAAAAGCUAGAGGGUCUGUGGAAGAGGCAAGAUCGGUGACGGCCUAGGUGUAUGUUGAACCAUGGCGGACCAAGGAAACCAGGAAUCACCGCUGACGACACAGUUAAUUCAGCACCUGUUCACCAGAAUAACAGAGAUACUGGAUCAGCAACAUUUGGAUCUGGACUAUUUCCAGUAUGUUAUCAACCAGGAGGUGUUUAUCUUUACUUCUGCAUCUACUGUCAUUCAUAUACCCACUGAUGUUCUGCAAUGCAUUUUAAGCCUUCAGGAAAAGAUCAAUGUGGCCCUAACUCCAGAGGGAGCCCAUGCUCUUGUAACUGAAGAAAGCAGUGGACGAGGACGCCCCAAAUUUCAAGUUUCUGAAGACAUGCUGGCCCACUUGAUUGACAUGUCCUUACCAAUAUCAUCUAUAGCGCACCUGUUGGGCGUCAGUGAAUCAACCAUCUUCAGGCGCAUGCGUGACCUUGGACUAUCAAGCAGAUCUUCAUACAGUAGUUUAACCGACACCGAGCUAGAUAAUGCUGUGUUAUCAAUAAAGUCAAGACUGCCGAAUGCAGGAUACAGAAUGGUUAAAGGAUGCUUACAGGCAGAAGGACACAGGGUCCAGUGGGAGCGGGUGAAGGACUCAAUGCACAGAGUUGAUGCGGAUGGAGUUUUCCAGCGACUGAUGCAGCUUGGGUGCAUUGUCCGAAGGACGUACUGUGUACAACAUCCAUUGUCCCUAGUCCAUAUGGACACAAAUCAUAAAUUAAUAAGGUACAACAUGGUCAUAUUUGGAGCAAUUGACGGUUACUCCAGAAAGAUCAUGUACCUGGAGCCAGCAACAAAUAACCGAUCAAGCACGGCUCUUUCAUUUUUUCUGAAAGCGGUAGAAAAGUACGGUUGGCCUUCCAGGGUCAGGGGUGAUGAAGGGGUUGAAAAUGUGGCGGUUGCUGAAGCCAUGUUCAGUGUGAAAGGCACGGGAAGAGGUAGCUUCAUAGCUGGAAAGAGUGUGCAUAAUCAAAGAAUUGAGCGGUUGUGGCGAGAUGUCUGGGUUAGCGUCACCCAGCUUUACUACGAGGUACUUCACAGCCUCGAGGAAGAAGGCCUGCUGGAUUUGUCAAACAUUCUUCAUCUGUUUUGUGCCCAUCAUGUCUUCCUCCCUCGUUUGGCAGACAGCCUAAACACGUUUGUGGAGGCAUGGGAUAACCACCCAUUAAGGACGGAAGGUGGUCUUACCCCCAACCAACUCUGGGUUUUGGGGAACAUGUCCCAUGGCGAAACUGAAGAAUUGGAGAACCCAGAGUUGUUUGGAACGGACUGGGAGUCAUUUGGUGCGGUCAGAAAUGACUUUGGCGUGCAUGUCCCAGAACAUGAGAGCCCCCUGUCUCCAGCUACAAUGGAAGCUGUGAGGUCUGUUAUUAAUCCCCUUGCAGCAUCCCAAUCAUUUGGUAGGGACCUGUAUAUAGCAAUGAUGCAGAUUGUGACAACAGAAUUAGCAGUGGUUGAGUAAAUCUUAUGACAAAUUGCUACAAAUACCUUUAAAUGCUGAAUUUGACAUCAG